AUGCUACUUGUUCUUAGAUCGACAGGAUGGUUUCGACCCCUCCUGCUUUCCCUGUCGUUGUCCUCCCUCCUAAAUCCAUUUUUCUUCCCCUUUGAUCCCUCCCUUAUCUUUAAACACGCGUGA